CAAAUUCACAUUUCAAUUUGGCCGCCUGCAGCAGAUUACCAAAGACCUGGUGCUGCUAAAUCAUUUGAUAAUGUCGUUGCCAAUAAAAUUAGAUGUGGUGCUCAAUGUCUUGAAGGGAAAUGUUUUGGUGUUGUUUGCUCCUCAUUUGUUGACAAGGCAAUGCUUGAAUUUUUGGUCGAUGAUGACCCAUCAAAUAAAGAGUUCUAUGAGAAUAUGUCACAAGGUGCUACUUUCUUUUUGGAUCCUGCUGCUAUGGAGAUUGGUGAUUUUUUGAAAGAUGAGGAAGGUAUCGCCUAUGCUGUGUUUGACCUCAAUAAAACUAUUGUACCAAAGCAAUUUCACGAUCUAGUUGGUGGGUAUAAUAGAUUCGACGUGUUUAAAUUACGUGUAAACAGAGCUCCAAAUGUUCCUAUUGAGUUUGAGGAUUCGUUUACAGAUGAAUAA